AAAGUGCAAUUUGUCUAGGAGAAGCCAAUGUGAGGCCCAUGUGGGCUCCAACCAAUGGCGGCACAGCGCUGACAGCUCAGCCAGUCUCAGGUCUGUAUUCUAAUGGGCCAUAUCUUUAUCAAGGAAAUGUCCCUUCUCUGAACUUAAAACUUCUGAUGGAGGGCCCCCAGACUCAGAGGCAGAGAAAUCGGGUGCUCUGAAUAUGGGGAGCACACCUCCUUAGAGCCAGCUGGUGGAGGGGGAAAGCGGAAGGCCUCCCACCUUCUCCGGACACCUGACUUCCGUGCUGCAUCUCUGAGGAAGGGCCGAGGCAGAGGGCAAUCAGAGGCUGGGGUGGGAUGGGAGGACACUGAUUCCCCAAAGCUGCCAUAAGAGUCUGGGCCAUCGUUGGAGGCGUUUGGGCUGUAAGGGCUCCUCGCCCUCCUCCUCGCUGACCUGGAGAUCAUGGAGUCCAACCUGCAGGGGACGUUCCUCCUGAACAACACACAGCUGGCCCAGUUCUCGGAAAUGAAGGCUCCCAUGUGCCAGUACUCCGUGCAGAACUCCUUCUACAAACUCAACCCUCCGGGACUUGGCCCCCAGCUGGCCGCUGGGACGCCCCACGGGAUCACUGACAUCCUGAGCAGGCCGGUAGCCACUCCAAACAGCAGCCUCCUCUCUGGCUACCCCCACGUGGCAGGCUUUGGUGGACUCGGCUCCCAGGGGGUGUACUACGGCCCCCAGGUGGGGAGUUUCUCCAAGGCUGGGAAUGAGUACCCCACCCGGACCCGGAACUGCUGGGCCGACACAGGCCAGGACUGGCGAGGCGGCGCUCGGCCAUGCAGCAACACCCCAGAUCCUCUGAGUGACACCAUCCACAAGAAAAAGCACACCCGCCCUACCUUCACGGGCCACCAGAUCUUUGCUCUGGAGAAAACCUUUGAGCAGACCAAGUACUUGGCUGGCCCAGAAAGGGCGAGGCUAGCAUACUCCCUGGGCAUGACGGAGUCGCAGGUCAAGGUGUGGUUCCAGAACCGCCGUACCAAGUGGAGGAAGAAGAGCGCCUUGGAGCCCUCGUCCUCUACACCCCGGGCCCAGGGCGGUACGGGAGGGGACCGCGCGGCCUCGGAGAACGAGGACGAUGAGUACAACAAGCCGCUGGACCCGGACUCGGACGACGAGAAGAUCCGCCUGCUGUUGCGCAAGCACCGGGCCGCCUUCUCGGUGCUCAGCCUGGGCGCGCACAGCGUCUGACCCCGGGCCCGCUGCGCAGACCGGCCUUCCCCUCCCCUUUCCGUGCAGCCAGCUGAGGGUGGGGGACAGAGAGGAGGAGCGCCGAGGGAGGGGGAGGAAAGAGAAAGAGGAGGCUGAAGCGAGAGGGAUGGAAAGAAAGACGGACAGGGAUUGAUGGCGAGCGCAUCAAGAGAGGAGAUGGUACAGCUUUCUGCCAUGUCUCCCCUCUGGUGCCCUUGCCCGGUCAGCCCUGCCAGAAAGUGAGCAGGCUUUUUGCAGCAGGGAACCUGGCUGUGGUGCUCUCCAGAAGCGUGCUUUCCCCACUAGGAACAGGGAGUCAACAGGUACUACGCCCAGUCAGCGGCUGUGACUGCAGAGCCAGGGAUGGAGUCUGAGGUCCAGCUGUGCUUCCAAAUGCUCUCACUGGUGGGGGCAGGAGAAGUCCACCUCCGCCAGGGGAGUGGGUUCUGAAAACAGAAACUCUUGUAAACCUGAGUUUUAGGACCCUAGUGGCACUUUAUUCUGAAUGUAGAUCCCUCGGUAACACGAAAGACAAAGCCUGGAAACGGGAAGUGGGGGAAACAGGCAGAGGCGAAAACAGACGAGAACCCUAUGAUUAUGUUGUCCCUGGGAGCCACCCAUCAAGGCAUCCCUGGGUACCCAAGGACAUGAGAGCGUGGGGGCACCUUAGCAAGAAGGAGAGAAGGGCUCUGAAAGCCAUGCUCCUCCAACAGGGUCACCGGGCAGGGAGAACACCAGGCAGGACAAGGGAUUGAGGGCUGUUGGGUACCCACUGUGUCUCCUUUCGUAGCCCAUCCUGUGGCCUGGCCCUGUACUGAUGUCUUCUGCUCCGGGUAUUAUCGCGCUCCUGGCAAGGAGAGGGUGGGCUGGCCAUAGAGGAGUGCAGCCCAAAGGAAUCAAGGUGUACCUAUCCUCAUUGGCUUUUAAAACAAAAAUAGAAUAAAGCUGAAAAUCCCAGAAA